AUGGCUUAUCACCUGACAAUAACCAGCGUAGAUGAUGAGUCGUUUCCAAAUAGCUGCCCGGAAGUCUUCACGUUGACUAGACAGCGUAUGACUGCAGAAGAGCUAGAGAAAGCUUCCAAGAGGCGACGACUGCCGAAGAAGUCGGCAACGAAGAAUGCAGAUGACGAAGAGAGAGAUGAGAAGGUGGUAGAGCAAGCAGACCCCGAAUCAGACACGGAUUCAGUUGACGACUCCGAUAGAGAGGCUGGUAGGAGGGUCAACAAUGACUAUCGACUGAUGCCAGGAGCAACACCCUUCCCUGACUGGCCCGGACCUGGUGCCAAGGAGUGCCAGACUGUCUACGACAUCCUCGUCACGGAAUAUCAGCAGAGAGAGCAGCGCGCAGAGCCUGCAAAACGCAAGGCGCUGAACUUCAGACAGCCACACAAAAUCCCGCCAGCUUCCGCCACCGUUGCCGGAUGUGGAGAAGUGCCAUGCUUGGUCGAUGCCAUGAUGAGAACAAUCAUUAGUCAGGCUGUUACCCGCGAAAGCGCCAACAGGGUCAUAGAGAACGUCAUUGGAUUGGUUGGUCUGGUUGACGUGAACGGACUAGGUGCAGGAAGCAUUAAUUGGAAUGCUAUUCGACUGGCACCGAAAGAUGUCGUAUUGGAGGCUUUCCGAACAGGUGGACUUGGGCCCACCAAGUGCAACGCCAUCAAGUUAUGCCUCAAGAUGAUUCGAAUGGACAACAAGAAGAGGGCAAAGGCGUACUUGAAGGAAAAGGAAACGGGAGAGCCUGCCGGUUUGCCUGGCAUCGCGAGACUGAACCAAGAACAGAAGGACCACCAGCUGAGCAAGAUCAAUGCGGGAAUACUGACACUGGAUCACAUCCGGGUCAUGGAGCCACACGAAGCGAUGCUGGAGCUGGUCAAAUAUCCCCAGGUCGCAGUCAAGACAGCCUCUUGCCUUCUCCUAUUCAACUUGCAGAUGCCCAGCUUUGCCGUAGACACACACGUACAUCGAAUGACUAGAUGGCUGGGAUGGGUUCCCAUGAAGGCGAAUCACAAUGACACUUAUAUGCACUGCGACUUUCGAGUACCCGAUCACCUCAAGUAUGGACUCCAUCAGCUGUUCAUCGAGCACGGAGGAAACUGUUAUCGCUGUCAAGGAUCUACCGUUGAAGGUACUGAGAAGUGGGACAAGACAGUCUGUCCACUCGAGCAUCUUUUGGCCCGUGUCAAGAGGCAGAGCCAGGCGAAGCUCAAGAAGAAGAGUGUGGAAGUCUUGGGCACCAUUGAUGGAUGGGUCAAGCUCGAAAAACAGUCAAAUGGAGCGGCGACCAAUGAACAGUAUGAGGAUGUCGGAAAUAAACCUAACGUCUAG